AUGGGUAAAGUUUCUAAAUCAACGAAGAAGUUUCAAUCGAAACAUUUAAAGCACACCCUAGACCAAAGAAGGAAGGAAAAGAUUCAAAAGAAGAGAAUUCAAGGUCGUCGUGGAAACAAAACUGAAGAAGAAAAAGCUAAUGCUGCUGGUACGAGAGAACAACAACAGUUGAAAAAAUCUGCCAAGGAGGAAGUCUUUAAGGACAUGUCUGUUGAGAACUUUUUUGAAAAGAGUAUUGAAAUUCCUAAAGAGAAUAAAAAAUUGAAACAAAAAGCCACUAAAGAAAAAACAGAUGUAGAUUCAUCAUCUGAAGAGGAAGAAGACAUGGGCCAAAGUAUGGCAAAAUUAGCAGAAAAAGAUCCAGAAUUUUAUAAAUAUUUGGAAGAAAAUGAUAAAGAUUUGUUGGAUUUUGGAGGAAGCAACCCAUUAGAUGAGAUUGACGAUGAAGAAGAUGAAGAUGCUAAAGGAAAUGAAAAAGUUGCUGAAAAAUCUGAGAUCGAACCAGAAAAAAUUGCGCUUUCCUUGAAAUUGGUCAGAAAAUGGAAAAAACAACUUCAUGAUUCUCCAAAUUUAAAACUGUUAAGAAACAUAAUUAGUGCUUUCAAAGUUGCUGUUAAUUUGAACAAGGAAGAAAAUAUCGAGGACUACAAGUAUGCUAUUACUGAUGAGAAAGCAUUCCAUGAACUGAUGUUCAUGGUGUUAAAGGACGUACCACAAGUAAUUCAAAAGUUAGUCCCCUAUAAGAUUGUUAAAGGUUCAAGAACUUUACCAAAUGGAGGCAGCGUUUCCAGAAUGUCAUCCAUUGUCAAAUCACACGCUGGCUCCUUGUUGGUUCUACUGAACGAUAUUACUAAUACAGAAACAGCUGCAUUGGUCCUUCAUUCUGUCAACGAAUUAAUGCCUUAUCUUUUGUCGUAUAGAAGAAUCUUGAAAGAACUCAUUAAAUUGAUUGUUGAUGUAUGGUCUACCACAAGGGAGCUGGAAACUCAGAUUGCCUCUUUUGCCUUUUUGAUCAAUACUACCAAGGAGUUCAAGAAAUCCAUGCUAGAAACAACCUUAAAGACAACAUAUUCUACUUUCAUCAAGAGUUGUCGUAAAACUAACAUGCGUUCUAUGCCUUUGAUUAAUUUUCAAAAGAACUCAGCAGCCGAAUUGUUUGGCAUUGAUGAAGUUCUCGGCUAUCAAAUUGGGUUUGAAUACAUUAGACAAUUAGCUAUUCAUCUAAGAAACACUAUGAAUGCAACAACAAAGAAGUCCAGCAAGGUUAAUUCUGCUGAAGCUUACAAAAUUGUAUACAAUUGGCAGUUCUGUCAUUCUUUGGAUUUCUGGUCUCGUGUUCUAUCGUUUGCCUGUCGACCAGAAAAGGAAAAUGGCACUGAAUCUCCAUUAAGACAAUUAAUUUAUCCAUUAGUUCAGGUUACUUUGGGUGUAAUCAGGUUAAUUCCAACACCACAGUUCUUUCCAUUGAGAUUUUACCUAAUUAAAUCACUUAUUAGACUUUCUCAAAAUAGUGGUGUUUUCAUUCCUAUAUACCCUUUACUUUCCGAAAUCCUAACCUCAACGGCUUUCACCAAGGCACCUAAAAAGAGCCCUAAUUUGGCUGCAUUUGAUUUUGAGCACAACAUCAAAUGUACACAAGCUUAUCUAAAUACCAAAGUAUACCAGGAAGGUUUAUCAGAACAAUUUGUGGACUUAUUGGGUGAUUAUUUUGCUCUGUACUGUAAGAACAUUGCAUUUCCUGAACUUGUAACACCGGUUAUUAUCUCUCUACGUCGUUAUAUUAAGACUUCGACUAAUGUCAAAUUUAACAAACGAUUAUCAAAUGUUGUGGAGAAACUAAACCAAAAUAGCUCCUUCAUCCAAGACAAAAGAUACGAUGUUGAAUUUGGGCCAACCAACAAAUCUGAGGUUUCAAGAUUCUUGAGUGAUAUAGCUUGGGAUAAAACACCUCUAGGUUCUUACGUUACUGUACAACGUGAAGUCAAAGAAGAAAAGGCUAGAUUAAUGAGAGAAAGUAUGGAAGAACAAGACAAGGAAAGAGAAAUGGAGGAAGCCAAACAAUUAAAAGGUCUCGAAAGUGAUGAUGACGACGAAGAUGUUGAAAUGUCAGAUGCUUAG